AUGCUCUGGAGAAUUGGAUUGUCUCGUUAUUCUAGCACCAGAAUCGCAAAUAAGAAAUUACUGAUCUCAGCAAUUGUUCUCCCCGCUACUGCUUUCAUACUGACAAGAAAAAGCUUCUACAUGACAUUGCCAACUAAUAACAAACUUUUGGUUGCUCCAACGGGAACAGCACCUACAUGGAAAUGGUCCCCAGAAUCCAUUUUGGCAAAGACUAAAGAAGUUAUAGAUAAUGCUACAAAUCUAUAUGAUUCAUUGGCAGCCAUUGAGGAACCUUCCGUUGAAUCUCUUGUUAAGCCUUAUAUGCAUUAUGAAAAUGAUGAAGGCUUGAUUGUUAACCAAUUGACGUUUUUGCAGCACGUUUCGGCUGAUAAGUUAAUUAGGGAUGCAUCUGUGGAAGCCACCGAAUUAUUACAAGAUUUUUCCAUUGAAGCUUCCAUGAGACUUGAUCUUUUCCAACAAUUUGAUAAAAUUUGGAAUCAAGUUAAAGAUGAUGACGAUUUGAAAUCUAAAGAUUUUGAAACGUAUAAAUUUAUUGAAAAAGUUCACAAGGAUUAUGUUCGUAAUGGGUUGAAUUUACCUGAGGAGAAGAGAAAUCAAGUGAAGGAUAUUAAAAAGAAAAUUGCUUCUAACUCAUUGAAUUAUUCUAAAAAUCUUGGUGAACAAAAGGAAUAUGUUUCAUUUACUAAAGAACAAUUGAAAGGUGUUUCUGAGUCAGUUAUGGAACAAUUUGAAAAAUUUGUUGAUCCUAAGACAAAUGAAGAGAAGUACAAAGUUACUUUCAAGUAUCCUGAUAUUUUCCCCGUCUUGAAAACUGCUCAAGUUCCAAAGACCCGUAAAUUAGCUUACAUUUCUGAUCAAAAUAAAGUUCCACAGAAUGAAGCUCUCUUUGUUGAAACAUUGAAGCUAAGAAACCAACUGGCACAGUUGUUAGGCUAUUCCACUUACGCAAACUAUAACUUGGACAUUAAGAUGGCCAAGAAUCAAGAAACUGUUUUCGAUUUUGUUAACAAUUUGAAGGAUAAAUUGAAGCCACUAGGACAAAAGGAAAUUGAAACUCUAAAAACCUUAAAGAAAAAGGAUUGUGAAGAAUUGGGGUUGGCAUAUGAUGACCAUUACUAUAUAUGGGACCAUAGAUACUACGAUAACAAAUUCUUGAAAGACAAUUAUAAUGUCGAUUUAGAACAAAUUUCAGAAUAUUAUCCGUUGGAAUCAACAAUUAAGGGGAUGUUAGGAAUUUAUGAAACGUUAUUGAAAUUAAAGUUUGUUGAUGAAACUAAUCCUAAGAUUAAAGAUGUUUGGCAUGAAGAUGUAAAACAGUUGGCUGUUUGGAAAAUGGAUGAUGAAAAGAAUCCAGAAUUUAUUGGAUGGAUUUAUUUUGAUUUACAUCCAAGAGAUGGUAAAUAUAGUCAUGCAGCUAACUUUGGUAUUUCUUCAUCAUACAUUACACAAGAUGGUGACAGGUCUUUCCCCGUGACCGCGUUAGUUUGCAAUUUUUCAAAAUCAACAGAUAAAAAGCCAUCACUAUUGAAACAUAAUGAAAUUACCACAUUCUUCCAUGAACUUGGACAUGGUAUCCAUGAUUUAGUAGGUAAGAACAAAUGUGCUAGAUUCAAUGGCCCUGGUGCCACACCAUGGGAUUUUGUGGAGGCUCCAUCUCAAAUGUUAGAAUUUUGGACUUGGAAUAAAAAUGAGUUACUAUCUCUAUCCGGCCAUUAUCAGACUGGUGAAAAAAUUUCAGAAGACUUAUUGGAUUCCUUAAUUGCCACAAAACAUGUUAAUGGGGCACUUUUUGCAUUAAGACAAUUACAUUUUGGUCUUUUCGAUAUGACCGUUCACACAACUAAAAAUGUUGAAGAUUUGAAUCUACUGAAGUUGUGGAAUGAACUAAGGGAAAAGAUUUGUUUGGUAGAAAAUGGAAACGAAUUAACAAAGGGUUAUGAUUCAUUUGGCCAUAUCAUGUCUGAUUCUUAUUCAGCUGGUUAUUAUGGUUAUAUGUGGGCUGAAGUAUUUGCUGCAGACAUGUAUUAUACCAAAUUUGCCUCUGAUCCAUUGAAUUCACAAGCUGGUGUUCAGUAUAGAGAUAUUGUCCUAGCAAAUGGUGGGUUAUAUGAAAUCGCGGAUAAACUAAAAGAAUUCCUUGGAAGAGAACCAACGAAUGACGCAUUCUUAAAGGAAUUAGGUUUACAUAAUUAA